UCGCCAAAACAGACGUAGAAGAAGAGGAAAAUGACGAUGAACAAGAAGACGAAGUAAUGGAAGAAGAACAAUUGGAGGUAAUUUAUUGA